UUCCUAUUAUCGUGGAAUAUGAGUUUCCUUUAGGUUUUAUUUCACCUCUUGUUUGACAUACAAAGUCGACUAUAUUUGAUAUUUUCCUGGAACGAAAACCUCAUGUCAACUGUCAAAGUAAAACUAUCCAUAAAGUUUUAGGAUUUUGAAAGUCAGUCAGCUGCUUCGUUCAGCAUCACAACAAACAUGGCGUCCGGAGGCGGCGAGCCGAGCAGAUCAGCCGGGAAUCCUCUGAAAGCCGUUUGAAAAUUCAGAGUUGUAUCACUUGAUGACGGACGACAGUUGCUUCGUCGCGAUCUCGAGAUGGAACCCGACUCUUUCCCAGAAGAGCUUUCGGAGAGGCAGGUGUGCGUCGUCGGAUCGGAGCUGGUGGAAAACUACACCGUCUACGUCAUCGAGGUGUCGGAGGGAGACCACAGAUGGACUGUGAAGCACCGCUACAGUGACUUCCACGAUCUCCACGAGAAGUUGACGUCGGAGAAGAAGGUGGACCGAGGGCUGCUCCCUCCAAAGAAGAUGCUGGGGAAGAACUCAAAGAGUCUGGUGGAGCGGCGGGAGAAGGAGCUGGAGCUCUACCUGCAGACGCUCCUGCUGCAGUUCCCACAGGCCACGCCCACUCCGCUCGCCUGCUUCCUGCACUUCCACCUCUACGAGAUCAACGGCAUCACGGCAGCUCUGGCUGAGGAGUUGUUUCAUAAAGGUGAGCAGCUGCUGCAGGCCGGCGAGGUGUUUUCUCUCCGUCCGCUGCAGCUUUACUCCGUCUCCCAGCAGCUCCGUCUGGCCAAACCCACCUGCUGCAACGGAGACGCCAAAACCGACCUGGGACACAUCCUGGACUUCACCUGCAGGCUGCGAUACCUCAAGAUGUCUGGGACCAGAGGCCCAGUAGGAACCAGUAACAUCCAGGAGAGCAGCCUCCCCUUCGACCUGUCCGUUUUCAAAUCACUCCUCCAGAUAGAGAUCAGUGAGUGCAGCGCUCAGCAGAUCCGAGGUCUGUCGUCUCUGAGGUCGAGUCUGGCCACUCUGAGUAUCCACCACUCCACGGAAGCUAUGAUGUCGAUCCUGGUCCCGGAGUCGAGCGAGUUCUCCCAGUGGGAGGCCGAGGGGGCCGAGUCCGGCUGUCCCGUCACCGCCGUCAUCCCCUUGUGGAAAAGCCUGACCACGCUGGACAUGAGCCACAACGGCAUCGGCACCAUCGACGGCUCAGUGAAACUGAUUCGUAAGGUGGAGUUUCUGGAUCUGAGCCACAACCAGCUGUCCACAGUGGAAAACCUCCAGCACCUGUACAAUCUGGUCCACGUGGAUCUGUCCUACAACAGCCUGCGGGUGCUGGAAGCUGCUCACACCCGUCUGGGCAACAUCAAGACUCUGAGCCUGGCCGGCAACCAGCUGGACCAGCUGACCGGCCUCACCAAGCUCUACUCGCUGGUCAACCUGGACCUCAGCCACAACCAGCUGGCCCAGUUGGAGGAGAUCAGGAACAUCGGCUCUCUGCCGUGUCUCGAGAAGCUCCACCUGUCCAAUAACCCCAUGUGUAUCAUCCCGGACUACAGAACCAAAGUGCUGACGCAGUUUGGAGACCGAGCAGCCGAGCUUUGUCUGGAUGGAACGGCGACGACGGAGAAGGAGCUGGACACGGUGGAGGUGUUGAAAGCCAUUCAGAAAGCCAAAGAAGUCAAAGACCGGAGGAGCAGCGGCGACAAGAAGAUCAGUGAGGAGACCAAGCCGUCUGCUGCUGCACCUCCUCCUCACCUCUCCUCUCCCCCCUCUUCUUCUUCCUCCUGCUUCUCCUCUGCCGUUGCUCCUCCUCCUGCUGUCACCUCCUCCUCCUCUUCCUCCUGUCCAGCCCAGCAGGCUGCCUGCCCCAGCCAAGAAGUGACGAGCAGAGAAGAAGAAUCAGUUCCCCGCAGCGUCCCCCCCCCUGCGGACGCUGCUCCUCCCCCCGCAAGCUUCAACACUAAUACACACCUCCCGUCUGCCGGCCCGGCCCAGGUCCAACAAGUCAGUCUGUCUGAACACACACUCUGUGGAGCUCCUCCCACCACCGUUACGAAUAACAUCUGUUGCGUCUGCUGCUCUUCCCCCUCGAGACCACUUGAAACCGCGUGCUUCUCCUGCAGCGCCGCCUCGUUUCCUCUCCUUCCUUCUCACCUGCUCUCCCUCUCCGCCUCCAACAAAGACUUCGUUACCCAGCUCUCCCGGCGUCUCGGUUCCAUCCUGAAGGAGCAGAAGAGGGAGACGCAGGAGGAAGACGACGAGGAGGAAGAGGAAGAGAAGAUGUCUGAAUCCAGAGAAGUUCAGUCCCAAGUGGAGGACACCGAGGUGGGAAGUCCGAGUCCAGGCUCCGGGGACGGAUACUUCGAGAUGGGUCUGGACGACUCUGUUGAGGAGUCGGUCUGCUCCUCUUCCUCCACGUCGCUCUGCGUUCCCCCUGCAGAGGAGCCCGGCGGCCACCAGGGGGAGCUGUGUGGCGGGGAGGAUGAGGUGCACGUCAGCAGGGUUUUGUGGUGCUACUGUCUUCAGGUGAAGGAGGAGGUGGAGCAGAAGGAGGCGUGCCUGGUGCUGACGGACGGGCUGUUGAGCCUGCUCUACCUGCCGGAUGAUUUCACCUGGACCAAUCAGGACGCAGACCAGGAGCAGAGUCCGCCCGUGGAGGAGGUGCUGUCCAGCCUGCAGGUGGACCUCCUGCUGCCGUACUCCCGUCUCGUGCUCUCCUGCAGCACCGAGCUCCCUGACUCCUGCCUCGCCUUUGGCCUCCACGCCGGCCCGACCCGCUGGUACAUCUUCUCAGAGUCCGAGGAGCUCCGGCAGACCAGGACCGAGCUGACGGUGCUGAUCCAGGCUGCGAAGUCCCAGACUGACCCGGAGCCCCCCAACACUCCUCAGCUCUUCCCCCGAUCGCUCAUCAACUCCUGGGAGCUGGAGGAGAGUCAGGGAGCCCAGGGAGGCUAUCCUGCCUUCCUCCUUCUCUCCUCCUCCUCCUCCUCAGCCCUGGACACCCACCCGCUCCUGUCAGACAUCCUCUCCAAGAGAGAGGACUCCAGCCUCUUCUCGCUCCUCUUCCUCACCCACAGACACCUCUGGGUGCUGAAGAUGGACUUCAGAGAGCUGGCAGAAAGGGAGAGGAGGAGUGCUGACCUUCAUCACCCUUCCUCCUCCUCCUCCUCCUCCUCCUGGUGCAGGCUGGUCCGGGUGCCCCUCGGCUCCGUGGUGCUUCACCCCAGAGAGAGAGCUUCUCAGGUCGGGGACAGAAGCAGCAACUCCUCCUGCCCCGACCCGAAACACCUCCACAGGAGGAGUCACACUGUGGAGCUGCUGCUGGCCGGUCAGAGGCUGCUGCUGCUCUUCCCUCUGGCCCAGAACCGGAGCACCUUCCUGGGGGUGCUGAGCCAGAGCAGAGGCUCUCUGGAGGGGCUGAAGAUGGUGGCCCUGCCCUGCAGGCCCUGUCCACAGCAAGGUCGUCACAGAUCCAGAGACCAGUGCUGCUGUUCCAGGAAAUCAAACAGCACCACCAGCUGGGACUCCUCCAGCCUGGUGGAGGAGAACCAGCCGUCCCCCCACCUCAACCCAGGUCUCUCCCCAGGACUGAAGCGCCUGGCUGGGCUCGGAGAACAACAGCUUCUGACCUACUUCCACAGAUAUAUAGCCGUGUCUGAGGCGGAGGAGGUGAGACAGGUCCUGUGGCUGUCUGUGGUUCUCUACAAGUCUCCAGAGUCUGAGCUCACCUGCUGCCUGCUGCUCUCCACGGAUACGAUCUACUUCCUGUUGGAAGACUCCGCCUCCACACUCGGUCAUCCCUCGGUGUUGGACAUGAUGGACUCUGGAGACGUGGACGUCUGUCUGUGCUGCUGUCUGUCCGUCAGACUGUCUGACCUGCUGUCUGUCAACGUGGGACUGUUCGACCAGUACUUCAGAGUUGUGGGUCGUUCGGCCGAUCACAUCGUGUGCUGCCUCAGCAGGGACAGUUACGGGACGGGCGUCUUCCUUCAGGAGCUCAUGUCGGCUCUCAGCCUGCAGCAGCAGCAGCUUCCUGCUCCGGAGCCGUCGGAUCAGGACUUCUACUCCCAGUUCACCAGUACAAACACAGGCAAGAUGCAGAACUACGAGUUGGUCCACAGCAGCAGGGUGAAGUUUAUUUAUCCCAGUGAGGAGGAGAUGGGAGACCUGACCUUCAUCGUGGCCGAGAGGAAGGCUCCAUCCAGCGCAGCGUCCUCGCGCUCCUUCAACGUCCUGCUGUACCUGCUGGUCUUCCAGGUCCAAAUCCCCAGCAGUCUGCCCAGCCAAGGCUCCACUCUCUCAGGCCACUCCUCUUUUUCUGACUCUGGUCCGUCUCCGGUCCUCCAGCCCAGGACUUUGAUCCUGACCAGCACCGACGUGUUCCUACUGGACGAGGACUACGUCAGCUAUCCUCUGCCGGAUUUUGCCAAAGAACCACCCUCCAGGGAGCGGUACCAGCUGCGUGAGGCUCGGAGGAUCCGGGAUCUGGACCGGGUCCUGCUGGGCUACCAGACUUACCCUCAGGCUCUGACCCUGGUGUUCGAUGACCUGCCCGGCCCCGACCUGCUCUGCCACCUCACCAUGGACCACUUUGCUGCUGCUGGGGAGGAGGCCCCUCCCAGAGGGGGCAGAGCCAGCAGCGGCGCAGAGGGCGAGGUCCAGUGGUGCGUCUUCGUCCCGGAAGCCGACAGCAGAGAGAGGCUGAUCUCGCUCCUCGCCCGCCAGUGGGAGGCGCUCUGCAGCCGGGAGCUUCCCGUGGAGCUCACGGGCUGAUUGGUCGGACGGACGGGUGGAUGACUGUUCAGCACUUUGUAGGUGGUCGUCGGUGGGCGGAGCUUCAUUUACACACGGGACGCAGGGCUCCGCCUCCUUGUUCAAAGGUCUCGAGGUGCUUCAAACCGACAGGUGACCACGUCGGAGGACGACGCUGUUUCCAGCUGCUCCGAAAAGGCGGCCUGUCGUCAUAGAGACGGGGCGAGAUGCGACGACUCGGCCGAAUUCGGAUAACGACGCGCGCUUUCAUUCCCGUCUCUUCUCUCGAAGGCGUCCAUAGCGUUGCUCUUGCUUGUUCACAUGAAAAGGGACAGAAGUGGAGAGUUUAAAUACUUACUCACCUCCACAUCAGUUGCAUCACAUCACAGCCGUACAUUGUUCUCCGCUUGUCACCCUUAUUUAAGUCUUUAAUUUAAGAAAAGUCGGAAUGCAUCAAAUAUUCAUACAAAUAGUUUUUCUCUAUUAUGUCACACACUUGGUUUUCUGAGGUGGUUUCAGACGACCAGACGGGCACUUAGUUGGAAGCCCUUUGGUUGUACGAUGGAUGUGGCUCCACACACCAGACUGCUCACUGACCUCUGACCUCACGGAGCUGAAAUGAUGGGAGUUUCUGGCACAACUUUAACUGUCUUGCAAAGUGUCUCACACGGAGAUUUACAGAUUCUGUUUGACGACUUGACGGACUUGUGUUGCACAGCAGGGGGCGCUGCAGACGGUCCACAGGAGUUGUGCUAGUUUUUAAAUCAACAUUAUCUUUGAAAGAACAGUUUGUCAUUGCUGGUGAAGCCUCUUGUUCUGUCGUGUGUGUGUGUGUGUGUGUGUGUGUGUGUGUGUGUGUGUGUGUGUGUGUGUGUGUGUGUGUGUGUGUGUGUGUGUGUGUGUGUGUGUGUGUGUGUGUGUGUGUGUGUGUGUGUGUGUGUGUGUGUGUGUGUGUGUGUGUGUGUGUGUGUGUGUGUGUGUGUGUGUGUGUGUGUGUGUGUGUGUGUGUGUGUGUGUGUGUGUGUGUGUGUGUGUGUGUGUGUGUGUGUGUGUGUGUGUGUGUGUGUGUGUGUGUGUGUGUGUGUGUGUGGAAUAUAAGUCCAGGGCGUGUUAGCCUAGCUUAGCACAAAGACUGGAAGCAAGGGGAAACUGCUAGCCAAGGAAAACCUCCAAAGCUGUUUUGAUUUACAUGUUGUUGUUUAUGUGAAGUUGCUCCUAAAACCAAAAAUGUGUUUGUGCAGUUGGAUGACAAGAGGAUAUCCAAAAAUGUUUGACUGUUGUUCUAAGUAGCGUACACUCUCUCUCACACUCUCACUCACUCUCUCACACACAGACACACAGACACGCACUGACGCACACCGCUGCUCGGCACAAUCUGCUCUCUUAACAUUUUAUUCCUUGAACAUUGCAAUUAAUGAAGCAGUAUUAUCGAACUGUAUAUUGAAAUCUUUUUAUUAAUAUUAUAUUAAUAUAAGUAUGUUUUUGGGACCGACGGAUGUUUUUCAUCCUGAAGCAGAUUUUGUACGAAACGCGUAAAAGUUUCUGAUGAAAUUUACAACAAAAAAACUUGUUUAUCGUUAUCAUUGAGUGUUUAUUUUUUUAUACUUUUUUUUUUCUUUUUUAUUUCAUUGUAAGUUGUGUUGUUUUUUUUGUACAUUCAUUUUGUAUUCUUAUUAUUAUUAUUGACAAAUGGGAAGCCAGACGUUUUUUUCCCCCCAUCCCUCCUCACCACUGUUGUCUAGGUUACAUGUUUUUGGGGAAUGCCACUGAAUUAAAGUGAGAAAUGAAAACUCCA